UUGGGUUUUCUGCGUCCUCGUGGGUGCGUAAAAAACGACGAGGAGGCGAAGAGUCGAGUUCGAGGCGGCUGCAAGUGGCGUUCGUCGCGAGAGUGGAACCAGCGGUGAGCCGCUCGAGUUGGCGAACCCAAAGCGGCGCUGGUUUGUUUUUCGACUUUGAAGAUUUUCCGCUAACUUCAAGUGGGAAAACGUGAGCCAUGGACUCGGACCUCGACAACCUGAUGGGCCAUUUAGGUGAAUUUGGCCGUUAUCAGAUGCGGCAGUUCCUGCUGCACAUUCUGGCUGGUGGCACUGCCGGUCUUCACAUGUUGACCCUGGUGACAGUUGCUGCUGUACCUGACCACAGGUGCCUUUUGGAAAAUUUGGAAUCCUCAUUAAACGCAACGUACGACAAUCCCGACGCGAGCGAUUUCAUCCCCACAGAUUCGGGCGCGCUGGACUCGUGUCACUACCUGAAUAGUGAUAAUGCUUCUGUCCCCUGCAAUGCGUGGGUGUUCGAUAAACAAUAUCACGCUUCGUCUAGAGCCAUAGAGUGGAAUAUGGUCUGCGACAACAGGUGGAUGGCUGCUGUUGCUCAGUCUGCUUACAUGUUUGGAGUGUUUACUGGCGCCGUUGUUCUUGGCAGCCUUGCUGACAAAUACGGGAGGAAGACGAUAUUUUGUAUAUCAGCAGUUCUGCAACUUAUAUUUGGAGUCGGAGUAGCUUUCUGUCCCGAUUUUUAUUCUUUCCUCGUUGUGAGAUUUAUUUAUGGAAUCUUUGGAUCGGCAGGAGCUUACAUUACCGGCUUUGUACUUACCAUGGAGCUAGUCGGGCCAUCGAAACGCACGAUUUGUGGAAUCUCUUUCCAAGCAGCGUUUGCAACUGGAGUGAUGCUAGUUGCUGCAUGGGGUGCUCUUAUUUCCGACCGCCUGCUUUUGCAGGUCAUCUAUGGACUUCAUUCUUUGCUUCUUAUUCCCCAUUACUGGUUAAUGGACGAGUCUCCGCGCUGGUUGUGGGCUCAGGGUAGGAUCCAUGAAGCAGUUUGCAUUGUGGAGCGCGCCACAAAAAUUAAUGGACAACCCACACCAGACACAGCCUUUUUUGUCUCCAGAGGAAUUUCUGGUCAAAGAACAAAAGAGGAAACUGCAGAUGGAUCUGGAAGUGCGGGGCUCAUCGACCUGGUUCGCACACCAAGUCUGCGUGCAAAAACACUCAACUGCUGUCUCAACUGGUUUGCAAACAGUCUUGUCUACUACGGCCUGUCACUUAACACAGGAAAAUUGCUGGGCAACCCCUUCCUCAUGCUUUUCAUUGUCGGACUUGUGGAGUGGCCCUCGUACAUAGCAACCGUCCUGCUCAUGGACAGGACGGGACGCAGGUCUUUGAUCAGCUCUCUAAUGCUGCUGGGCGGAUUUGCAUGUCUCCUUGCACUAUACAUUCCAGAAGGAAUGCUUGUGACAGUAAUAGUUAUGCUUGGAAAAUUCUUCAUUGCUGGCUCUUUUGCCAUCAUCUACAACUAUACAGCAGAAUUGUUUCCCACCGUCGUACGCAAUACUGCUUUGGGAGUUGGAAGUAUGUGUGCUCGUUUGAGCGGAGCCCUAACUCCAUUGAUUGGACUUUUGGACUCGUUUGACAAAACUUUGCCUACUUUUAUCUUUGCCUCGUUGGCGCUCAUCUCUGGAGCCCUUGCUCUGUUAUUACCGGAGACUCUUGGAAAACCCAUGCCUCAGACCUUAGAAGAAGGUGAGCAGUUUGGAAAAGGAGACACGGCUUGUAGUAGCUGUUUCGGAAGAAAAAGGACUGCUUCUCUGGCAGAGCCAGAGCCAAGUUCACCCUCGAUCGCCCUGAACACUGUCGACUGAAUCAAGUGCCUUCACUUUUCUUGUCAUUCAUUCACAUCAAAGAUUGUAAUAACUCGCUGUUAAAACAAUAAUACAUUUUUGUUGUCCCACAUAA